UUGCAUGUGGGCAAAUCGAAUAUUCGAAAAAGAAAAUCAAAAAGAAGAAUAUGAAAAAAAAUAGAAUUCGAUUUUCUCACAACUGCUUCUGUUCCGACACGGCUAGCUUGACCCUCUACCAUGGCCUAAAUCUUCAAGUACUACAAUAGCAAUAUUUUCUAAAUUCUCAAGUAAAUAAUUUAAAUAACCGGAAACAAUGGCUCUAAUGCUUAGAAAAUCAGUUUUACCCAAAAACAUUUCUUUACUGAAAUGUAUGAAGGGGCGGCCCAUUGCAUCGGCCAGCUUCAAGAAAAACCCAGCUGUUCUAUCUAACAACGCUUGGAAGAAAGUCAUCCGAGGAUACUCCCGGAAACAAUUUGAACGCCCAGAGCCAAGUGUAAGGAACAUGAAGCUAAACCCGAAUACCACGAGGCCGUCCUUUGUACCGCGCAGAAGUAUAUCAUCACCAUGCAUAUCAACUAGAAUUCCGGAACGCUUUUCGACCUUAAGACAUUCCCGAUCCAUGACGAUCCAAGCCAGGUUGUUCCAAUACCGAUGCUAUUCUCGGUUCUGCGGUGUGCAGGCCUUAAACGCUGCUGGAACGUGCAGCUGCCUCCCACCACCUUGCGAUUGCCCACCCAAGUGCAUCCAAUACAUGACUGGCUAUUACUACUAUCCGUACGGCACUUGGUUUUGCGGGCCUUAUCAUGUGACUGGGACCUGCGCUCCAUGUGGCGGCCCCGUGACACCUGGUGGGCCGUGUGGACCCGGUGGUCCAUGUCCCGGAACUCCGUGUGGCCUUCCCGGCAUCACUCCUUGUAAAUGCGGCCCAUGUCUACCGUGCUGCGGGUGCGUUUUAGAAAGUGGUACAAGUAAUUACACAAUGUCGCAUCCGCACUGCGUACCAUUUGCGUCUGGCGUUCCUGGACCAUUUCAAGGAACAGUAGACAUGUAUGGACAGUUUGGGUCCGGCUUGAGCAGUGGUGGAUCGUCAGGUUAUAAUACCAGUGGUUUCCAUGAUCCAAUGAAUGUAUUUGCAUCACACGGAGUACCUGGUGGUUUCCACAACGGGCCGAUGGAUUUUUCAGGACAAUACAACCCUUACUCUCCGUAUCAGGGGUCUUACCCACAGCAGACGUUUGAUCCUAACAUGCCGUUUUAUCCAUCGCAACAUAACGCUAACCAGAGCUGUGGGCCGUGCUACAAUGUUCCAAUUCAGCCAGUUGAAGUAGAGCCGUUCAUGAUGCCCGAAAACAUACCUAAGCCUGAAUUUUACACGCAACAGCAACCGCAACCAGCACCAGAAGUGAAGCAGAAGACGAAAUGCAAUGCUUUUCCAUUAUACCCUAAACCAGAGGAGAGAAAAGACUCGAAAGGAACCUCGCCCGCUGCUGAAUGUCUGACAUCAGCAGCCUACUCUUAUCGGACUAAUCCUUUGCCAAAAUCGCCCAAGUUUCAAAUCCCAACACCGUAUAGGACUAGAUUUGAAAAACCCAGACCAUAAGUCGAUAUUUAAACUUAGGAUAAAAUAUUUAAAAUUCUAGUAACGUAAAUAUUGACUUUAUAUGGUGAACGACUAAGUGAAAUUAGUACACAACUUAGUUGUAAAAUUGACCAUAUUAAUAUUAAAAUAAAACGUUCAACAUUUA